AUGCGCUUAGUACUUUUCUGCGUCUUCCUCUACCUCGCUGGAGUGGUCCAAGCUGCACCUACAACAAAUACAACAAAUACCACUACUAGCGACAGUUUUAAAGCCCCAUCAUUCACGACCAGAACUAUAUGGACUAUCAUCUCCAGCUCCAUUCUCACUCUGUUUGCGUGCACAUACAGUGCUAUCCACCCCAAUAUCCCGAGUCCGAAGGACAGCAGCUCCCUUGAUAUGAUAUGGCGACAACUUGGCAUCAUGAUGAUGGCACUAAUCGCUCCCGAGUUGAUGGUUACAUGGGCUAUGCGCCAGUGGCUCAGCGCUCAACAAACGCACAGCUUCUUUGUGCUCAUGGGUGGUCUCAUGCUUUAUGCAAACGGGGAACCCUGCCGUACACUAGAACACAAGCACAUUCUCAGGCUGAUACAUGAAAAGUGUAUCGACGUCCCUACCAUAACAGCAAACCAGAUCCACGACAAGAGCAAAGGCAAUGCGAUAUCGAAAGGAUUGGUCAUGCUUCAGGCGGCCUGGUUUGUUAUGCAGCUCAUCACCCGCGCCAUAUAUCACCUCGAAAUCACCCAGCUCGAAGUGGGGACACUUGCUUUUGCGGUUCUUAAUUUCCUAACUUAUGCUGUGUGGUGGGACAAGCCUCUCGAUGUGCAAUGUCCACAUCCAGUGUACUGGAAGUCAACUGAGUCAAGGCCAGAGGGUCACAUUGAUGUCAGCGACAAAGACGAAUUCGUUCAGCUUCGGUACUUGCCUCGAGUCUUCAGUCCAAUUAUAGAACUGAUAGGCUGGGCUGACAUUCCCACAUCUCGAAAACUUCAAGUUCCAACAUUUGAUGGCAGCAUCAAACUCGAAGUUUUGGACAGGAUGGCUCUUCUGCAGGCUGGAUAUCUUAUUGGAACCAUAUUCGGCGGCAUCCAUUGUAUGGCUUGGUUUUUUGCAUUCCCCACAUACGAGGAACAGGUGCUAUGGCGUAUAAGUGCCGUCGCUACAACUUGCAUACCCUGCCUUUGUUUGGGUGCCUACUUGGCCUCGGAAAUGAUCUAUUUAGUACAGCCCUUCCCCGAUUCAUUGAUGCGCGUCAUGCGGGGUCUAUAUCUUAUGAUUUGUUUCGCAUUUGCCAUGUUGUACAUUAUCGCUCGUGUUGUCCUCUUGGUACUUAUGUUCACCACUUUACGCAAUCUUCCUCCUAACGCAUAUGAGGCGGUGUUGUGGACUAGUUUGGUGCCGCACUUGUAAUUCUUGAUUAUGAUGCUCCAG